ACAUUUUUGUUUAAAUCCAGAUAUGAAGUUUUGUUGUUGUAAACAUGAUGCCUGUAAUUAAACUUAAAUUAAUGGAAGAUGUUAAUUAGACACUUCAGGAUUUAAAAAUAAAACAUAGUUGAAGGCUUUGGUUCAUUUUACUUUAAAAGUAGUUCUGGUCGUUUUGACCCUGGGUGUCGUCUAUCAGGCUGUGAGUUGAGAGAACUGGAAACCUGAACGUUUUCGCCCUGCAGCUGCAGCCGCACCUCUGGCCGGGAAUAUUUCAGCUCAGGUGAUCUGUGGGUGUGACGCAGCUCCUUCCUUUACAACCAGCCUUUUCAAUUAUCCAACAGCCUCUGGUCAUGUAUGAAUGAAACGUCUGAGAAAAACGUUUGUAUAGAAUAAAUUUAACAUUUGGGGCAUGUUUACACUGUGCUUUCAUGUCAGGACAGAUUUCUAUGUGGCUGAUUUAUUUUACUCUAAAAACAAAACACAACUGUUUUGAUGUUUUGAUCAACUCUGACUUAUGCAUUUCUACUACACUUCCCAGGAUGCAAUGGGUAGUUUCUCUGAGUAGACCACCAAAACGAUACCAACCCUUCAAAACAAAGACGACAUUUUGGAAGUUUAAGAUAAUAAAAUUAAAAUAAAAGAUGUGUAAAGGGAGUCCUGCUGUGCUAAUGUUUGAAGACACGUUAACCUGCAGUGACCAGUUGAACCAGCAGGUGGCAGAGGAGAGCUGAAAUGUGACUCCGAAAAUAUUUCUGCUCCUGGAUUAUUCCAAUAAAUUAAAGUAUUUCAUGAGGAAAGAUUACUUUAAUAUCCUGCCUCACCAGUACACUCAUCAUCUGUGCAGAAUCUGAUAAGAAAUAGUUCUGAUGCUACAAAAACCCUCAUUUACUGGCUUAAAAAGUAAAGUUUUCACUAAAAAAAAAAAUUUGAAUUUAAGACAAUAAAAUGCUGGCAGAUUGUUUGAAACUACAUGAAAUGAGGGGGGAAAAGUUAAUAUUUAAUAUCUUUUUGGAUUGACAUAAAAAUGUAAGUAAGUGGGUUCGACUGCUCUGUUUAUGUUUAUGAUUUAAUCUCUGAAUAUGGUCAGAUUUUAGUUCAAGUUGUUAAAUGUUAAAUAAUGUUAAAUGUUAAACUUAUGCAUAUAAGAAAAAUAUCAAUUUUCUUUGUUUGUUUGGAAACUUUUAUGUUCUGUAGAUGCUUGCUGUACAGUAUUUAUUAAGAUAAUUUGUUUUAUAGUCAGGUUUACAUUUAUGCGAAUAACUUUUUUGGAGAAAAAAAACAUUUUAGGAGUAUUUUUACUGUGCUGUACUUUUGAAAUCCCUCAAUCAGGAAAUUUAACUUCCAAGAGGAGAAGUGAAGUCUUCAGGCAUCUUUGGAGAAAGAUCCAGGAUUUCCCUGCUGCCAGGUGGAAAACGUUUCCUCAGGAUCUCCGGAGUUCCACUUCUGCAAAUGAAUCUGCUCUAUGUUUUAAAAUCCCAUCACUGAAUAUUUAAAAACUCCUUCUGCCUCUUUAAAAAUCACUUUCACGAAAAAAAGUCCUUUGGCAGCCAAUCAUAAAGCCCAGAGUCCAGCCUUAAUCCAGAGUCAGUCUCUCCUUCCUCUCCGCAGGAUGCUCCUCUUCCUCUUCCUCUCCCUCGCCGCCGUCCUGUCUGCGGGCCGCGCCAUGGAGAUGAACCAGACCUCCAAGCUGCUGGCGGAGAGCUUGGAGCAGUGCUCAGCCUGCGACUUCCGGGAGCACAGCAAGCAGCUGCGGCUCCACAGCAUCCGCUCCCAGAUCCUCAGCAUCCUGCGGCUGGAGCAGGCGCCCAACAUCAGCCGGGACAUGAUCCGCCAGCUCAUCCCCAAGGCGCCGCCUCUGACGCAGCUGCUGGACCAGUACGACCCGCGGGUGGAGGACGAGGAGCACGCCACGACCGAGACCAUCAUCACCAUGGCAACGAAGCCCAGUCCCGUCCCUGCAGAGCAGCUUUCCUCCCACUGCCUGUUCAGUCUCAGUCCAAAGAUCCAGCCUAAGAACAUCCUGAGCGCCCAGCUGUGGGUUCACCUGCGGUCGUCCCUCGCCGUCACCACCGUCUUCCUGCAGGUGUCGCGCCUCCGGCCGGCCAGGGAGGGGAACGGCACGCGGGUCCGGGUCCGCUCCCUGAAGGUCGACACGGAGGCCGGAGCCAGCUCCUGGCAGAGCAUCGACAUCAAGUCCCUGCUGCAGGCCUGGCUGCGGCAGCCGGAGAGCAGCUACGGCCUGGAGAUCAACGCCUUCAGCAGCAGGGGAGAAGACCUGGCCGUCACAUCAGCAGAGCCUGGAGAGGAGGGACUGCAACCGUUCAUCGAAGUGAAGAUCCUGGACAGCUCUAAGCGUUCCCGGCGAGACUCCGGACUGGACUGCGACGAGGAAUCCUCAGAGACCCGCUGCUGCCGCUACCCGCUCACCGUCGACUUCGAGGAGUUYGGCUGGGACUGGAUCAUCGCCCCCAAACGUUACCGCGCCAACUACUGCUCAGGGGAGUGCGAGUUCCUCCACCUGCAGCAGUAUCCGCACGCACACCUGGUGAACAAGGCCAACCCACGCGGCUCCGCYGGGCCCUGCUGCACGCCCACCAAGAUGUCGCCCAUAAACAUGCUUUACUUCAACCGCAAGGAGCAGAUCAUCUACGGGAAGAUCCCGUCCAUGGUGGUGGACAACUGUGGCUGCUCGUGAAGACGAAGGUUCGUUUACUGAGAAAAAUAAAUCAGCAUCUGGAGAACCUGUUCAUGAAUGAAGCAUCUGAAGGAAUGGCCGUCAUCCUGAAGACUGCCUGAAACCGUUUCCCAAACAAAACGCAGUAAUUUAAAAGGACUUAAAGGAGAUCAAAUAUUUACAAUGACUAGUAUGACUAGUUUGGGAUAUUAUAGAAAAGAAGUCAAUUUCUGCCAGAAAACUCAGAAUGUUUGGAUUAAUGUCUUGUUAACAUCUGAGCUCCAAAACUACAAUAUUUGCAGGAGAAAGUUUUAGAUCAAUCAGUUUUAGAUUAAAAAAAAAGAGACAUUGCCAGAAGUUUUUUUCUAGAAACAACUAUGAGCUCCAAAAGUAAAAUAAAAAUUAUGAGAAAGUAAAUCAUAAUGAGUUUCACAUUAAUUUGAUUUGAAAUUAAUCUCAGAAAUUUACCGUUUUCAAAUUUUAGAAAUUUUCGGAGUUGCAAAAGUAAAAGAAGUUAUACUUCUGGAUCUCAAAAGUGCCCAUGUUUUUUCUGGAACAUUUAUAAAGUUAAUCCCAACAUUUUUUUCUUUUGGAGCUCAGAAUUUUUCUAGUUUUUUUCUUGAGUAUUUGUGAGAUUAAUCUCAAAAUU